UGCAACAGUCGCGACCCUCACUUGUUCCUCGACAGUGUAUGUCUCAAACUCCAAAGCUGAUCCGCACUCUCAUAUGUUUACACUCUUUUUUCCCGUUUAAUUAUGAACUAAUGGAGUGUUUUAUCCAAUAAUAUAAGUAAAACGAGAAAUGGUGAGACGAUAUUUGCUCAACAUUUUGUCCUGCUUAAUCAAGAAGUUUACAUUCUCUCUCUUGUGAGUCAGUUCAACAACCCCUAUACUACAAAUACCAAUGGUACAGAAUUGUAAGAUCAGCAACCAUGGUGACGGAUGGUGGUGCAUGCAGCGUCUCUCCUACAAACAUUCACGAUAUCUUUGAGGGUUUUCAGAACCCACUGUUACAUGGAAUGCAUUCUGGUAACGUCGAUAUUCCGGUCUUAGAGGAAGAUCCAGAGGGAGUUUUCCUGGACAGUAAACAUCAUAGUAAGGCGAAUAGAUUGGAGAAAAAACGCCUCCAGCGUCCUGAGGUACCCCUGUGAUUGCCUCGGCUACUACAUUCUCCACUCACUCUAGGUUAUUAGAGAGAGUAAUUGGGAUGGACCCUCUCUUCCUUAACCUUGGACUGCCACAGCAGGCAGCUGCAGUGGCUCCAGUAUCUACUACUCCAGUGACCAAUCAAGUUAAUGGCUUGCCACAGGAGUCAAAACUUGCCACUUACAUAAGUAAUCGCCAGCAGCUGUCAACAUCGACACAACAGCCACAGCAGCAACAGCAAGAACAACAGUCCCCUCUCACAAACAGUGUUGCUGCUCUAAGCCUUGAUGGUGUUGGUACAAGGAAAGUUAGUGUGCCAUCAGUGAGCAGUGUAGCAGAGUUUGUACCAGGGUCAGGUGGAAGCGGAGGUCUUGCCCACUCAUCUUCCACCCCAUCCUUCCACUCCUUCUCAGGCCUUGGCUCACCUAGCCUCUCCACUCCAUCCUCCUUGGGUUUUACUCCCAUGACCCGGUCCUCGCCGGCAGCAACAGUAGCGUCCCCGCAGCGACCGAUAUCACCUCAAGAUUCCCCUAGUAGAGGACGAUGUUCUCCGCAAAGUGGUGGUGGAGAGGACAACAGCAAUGCCUCCAAUUUGUCAACGUAUCAAGAAAAUGUUGGAGGGACAACUUAUUUUUUUACUACACAAGACCAGCCAUCUUUUGGAGCUAGUGGAGCUACUACGUCUCCAGCUUCAUUCACUACUGGUCCACAGCCAUCGCUUGUGUUUCCACCUUACCAUAUUUUACCGGCCACACCUCCCCAUGUCCAUCACUUGAGAGCACCUAACAAUACUCCGCACUUCUUUAUGGGUGAUGAACUGCGGAAUGAAAUAUUGGACAGACAUGCAAUGACACUAGCUCAUGUUGACCCAGAACAGUUUCCUGAUAUACCUCAGGAGAUUGAUAUGUACCAUGAGUUAGUGCCAUUGGAGCCUCAACAUGGUGUAAACAAAUCAACAAUUUUUGGUUAUGCUACCUCUGUGUAUAAGGCUACUAAUAUAAAAACUGGCCUACAUUAUUGCCUUUACCGUAUCCACGGAUUUCGGUUGAGCAAUGUUAAAGUGACUCAGCUAGUCGAUCUGUGGAAGAAGUUGCAACAUUCCAGUGUGACCCAGUUGAGAGAAGUCUUCACCACCAAAACCUUCAAUGAUAAUUCCAUUGUGUUUGUUUAUGACUACCAUGCUGGUGCAGAGACUCUGGCAUCUCGACACUUCUCGUCUACAAAUGCCUUAACAGCAAAUGGUUGGGAAGGGCUAGCCAGCACUGCAGGAGGAAAUGGGAGUACAACUUCUCAUGAUCCUCCUGCAAGAGGUAUUCACAAGAGUCAUCGCCAAAAUUCUGGCAGUAGUCUUCUACCAGAAUCCACUCUAUGGAACUACAUAAUCCAGUUAACGGGGGCCCUGCGGACUAUUCACACACAGGGCCUUUCAUGUCGCACGUUAGACCCUACAAAAAUCCUCCUUACAGACAACAAAGCAAGAAUUAGAGUCAACUGCUGUGGAAUUCAUGAUGUAUUGAAUUUUGAUGCUAAUGUUGCCAACCCCCUUGCCAGUAUGCCACAGUAUCAGCAAGAGGACCUUGUGAACCUGGGUAAGCUGAUGGUGGCCCUUGCUUGCAACUCGGUGCUAGCAUUACAACGAGAUAAUAUCCAGACUGCUCUAGAGCUGAUUAAUCGCUCAUAUUCACGGGAUUUGGCUAUGCUGGUAGUCUGCCUUCUUACCUCACAGCGCAUCAAGAGCAUAAAUGAUGUUAUGCCAAUGAUAGGAGCAAGGGUUGGGUGUGAUUCCGGUCCUUCACUAAUGGAUUGGACGACCAGUUCCUAUUGGGUCCGGUUCUAUACUGCUUUAGAAACUGCCACGCAGAGAGCGGAUGCAUAUGAAACUGAAAUUUCGAAAGAAGUUCAUAAUGGGCGACUUUUCCGUCUUCUUACAAAGCUGAACACUAUUGUUGAUCGUCCACAGCUCCACUUAGAUACAUCAUGGUGCGAGACUGGAGAUAGAUACAUGUUGAAGCUCUUCCGAGAUUAUGUCUUUCAUCAGGUAACUGAUGAUGGGAGACCUUGGUUAGACUUGGCACAUGUAGUAUCAGUGCUAAAUAAAUUAGAUGCUGGGUCUCCAGACAAGAUAUGUCUUAUGUCCCAUGAUGAGCAGAACAUCUUGGUUACAUCUUAUGCUGAGCUGAAGAGGUGUUUUGAAAGAUCUUUCACUGAACUACUUCAAGCUGCCUCAUCACACAAAACAACAAUGUCCUAGCGAUGUCUCAUUUGUAUGUGUUUGCUUCACUAUUCACUAUUUCUGUACAUUAUAAGUGAAUGGGAGCAAUCAGUAAUUCACCCUCUAUUAUGCCUCUUUGAUAGAACUCAUGGGUUUUGGUAAUUCCAAGGCUUAUGCAAAUUGCUGCUAGACACUUGAAAGUAUGCAGCAGUGAACAUGGUAAGCUUAAUAAUCGUGGUCUUUUGACCACCUGCCCAGUGUUUUUCUUGCCAUUAGAGGCAUAGUUUUGAAGUUGCAGUAACACUGUCCAAUUUUCAAAAUCACUGAUAAUGUUAUGUGAAUUCCAGUUACUGUGUUUCACCAAGAAGGUAGAGCAACCAUGUCAUUUAAACAGUUUCGAGGCUUUGAUCUGGAAAGAUUAUCAAGAUGGAGUAACAUUUUUAUAGCAUCUUCAAAUGGUACUUAAUAGUUAAGCGAGUGAAAUAUUUAUUUUAAAUAAAACACUGGAGUGUUAUGUUGCUAUAGAUAAUUAAAUCCUGCUGGCUUGGCUUGGCUUGGCUUGGCUUAAAAUAAUUGGCAGCUUUUUUUUUUUUUGUAUAUUCAUGUAAAGAUAUAGUAUGAUUUAUUCAUAAUGAUAGCUGAUGUAAAGAAAUACCGUGUGCAUUUCUUUAAUACUCACGAAAACUGAGAAAUAAACUAGACAUAUUUGAACAUAUAUGUAAAAUAAUUAAAAUAAUUUGUUAUAAAAGUGGAAAGGGAAGGAAUUGACAAGAUACGUUGUACCAUGGUCAGUCCCCCAUGCAUAUAUUUAUAUAGUGCAUAGUAUUUGAGCUUGAUCCAUUUAAAGAUGUUAUAAGAUUACCUCUAUUGUGUUCUUGAACGCAUGCAUUACAUGUGAAGAAAACUAAGCGACAGAUUUAAGUACAAUACUAUAUUUACAAUUAUUAAUGAAAAAAAAAUGAAUUUUAAUUGGUGUUACCAUUAAGAACAAUUUAGUUAAUGCUAUUGAAAAAGAGCAAAGUUGGUGUCUGUGAUAGGUGUGGACUGGGACUGCUGUUCAUGUCAAGCAUUGCUGAUCAAAAUGACUUUCCCCAAUUUUGUUACUUUUAUUUUGUAUUAUCAUUGUGAUGGUAAGAAACCGUACAAUCAUCCAUCUCUUAACUGAAAUUUGCUUUAUUUGCAGGUAACUUUUAUCUUGAGCUCUGUGAUUGAUUUUGCAAUAUGGAAUUAGCAAUAGCCUGAUAUAGUGCUGUACCAAAAGUACAGGGGGUGUAUUUAGCAACUUCUGUGAAGUGAAAAUUAUUAAUGAAGAUAUUGAGCGAGCAUAAAUUCAGUGUACAGUACUUACAAACUGUAUAGUACAUAAAAUAGAUUAAUUAAAGUUAGGUUAGUAUAAGAUAGUUAUCACCCCCAUUCAUACUGUAUGGUACACUAGUUAUAUUUCCUAUUUGUUAGGUAUUUAAGAAUAGUAUUUAUUUUUGGGGAGUUUAGUAAAAGUUUAGUUGGGUUUUGGACUAGUUUAGUUAAUGUAUUUUUUCUCUUUGCUUUGUUUUUAACUACUCUAAUUUGAAUAAAAAUGUUUUUAUGUUUAUAUUCUCAAAUAGUUGAAACUUUAAGGUUUAGAAAGUUUUCUUGUGUUAAAGUAGCAUUAACAUUUUUAAUUAUUUUAAUUUUGAACAAUUUAAUUCAUACUGUACCUGUGAUUUUUCUUAACUGAAAUACUUAUUAUAGCAGUGAAUGGUAUUAUUAAAGUGAUCUGGCCACCAAUUUCUGUACAUUUUCCACUUAAUGCAUGCUUUUUUUUUUGUAUUAAUAGCUGGCAUCUUUUUUAUUUAUAAUGUCUACCAACUACUCUUGAUUUCCUCAUUAGAUAACUUUAUUGCAGCCUUAAGCCUCUGUGGUUGUAAAUCAAUGGUUGAUCUGUUCUGUAUGUCUCAUUAUCAGGCAGGUAUUGCGGUCAUGAUACACUUUUCUCAUCUUUAUACAUACAUAGGCAAGUGAAUCAUUGAAUGAUCAUGCUGGCAAAAUCCUGCAGUCUUAUUUGAUAUCUUCAUAAUCAAUUACAUUAUUAUUUUAAUGGUUUAUGCAUACAAAUUUGAAAAUUAAAAUGAAUUUUAAAUGAGAAGCAUUUAUUAUUACAUUCUAAAGGCAGCUUCUUUUAUUAAAUCUAAUUUAUGUAUUGUUUAUAUACAGUAUUCCUUUUGAUCAGUAAUAGAUGCCUAUGUAUGUAUAUAUUGUGCUAUAUAUGACAUAAUUUGCUCACAAUUGGAAGGAAGCCUUUGCAUGCAUAUAUUGUACUUGUCUCAAAUUGUUGCUCACUUUCAGCUGUAUGUACAGAUGUGCAUAGGCAUUAAGUGAUAAUGUGAUAACCUGAUACUCUUGUGUAAUGAGUGUUUGAGUUGGAAGUUACUCUUUAUAUAAAGAUGAUGUACUUGCUAAAAUCUGAUGGGAUUUGUAUGCAUGACAUCACUUUGGGAGUACCACAUAAUUCAGCUAUGAACAUGAUAAAACACAAACAUAACUUGGACAAAUAUUUUCCAGAUAUUUUCCAUUUAAUUAGUUAUUCCUUUUGUCAUCAAUCAGUAUAUUUAUUUAUUUUUAUUUUCUUUUUUUAAUUUUCCCUUUUUGACCUUGUGAGUGCAUCAGUACUUAAUGAUGCCUGUGCGUGCUAAAUACUUGUGCACACUCUUUACACAAAGUGCAUACUUGAAUCCAUAUUUGAGAUAAAGACCAACAGAUUCAUACAUCUCAUGCACACCUACAUACACACACACAUAGGAUUGGAUAGAAUAGGGAAGCGUUGUGGUCAGACUGGGAGGUCGGACCUGGUGUUCACGCGUUCACCAUUUUUUUAGCCAGUCUGUAUGUGGGUGUGGGUAUCUGGCUGAUGAAUGGCCGAAGUGGGUUUCCAGGCUUGUGGGUCUUGACAUUUCCAUAUAAGUAACCAGGUUUGUAUUCCCAGAUAAUCUUUU